AUGCGUUCGCUUACUUCGACAGUUUCGACCGUCCUCCUGGCGGCUACACUUGCCGCUGGACAGGCCAUAACGUGGGAUGAAGCAUACCAGAAAGCAGCAACAGACCUGGCAGCGCUAAGCCAGGAUGAAAAGGUCGGUAUCGUAACCGGCGUGACCUGGAUGCAGGGCCCCUGUGUCGGGAAUACGUACAAGCCCGAGUCGAUUUCCUACCCGUCACUGUGUCUCCAGGACGGGCCGUUGAGCGUGCGCUUUGCGAAUCCCGUUACUGUGUUUCCGGCUGGAAUCAAUGCUGGUGCGACGUGGGAUCGCGAACUUAUCCGGGCUCGUGGAGCUGCAAUGGGUGAGCAGUCCAAGGCGCUCGGCGUGCAUGUCCAGCUUGGGCCUGCCCUUGGUGCUCUAGGGAAGAUUCCUAGUGCGGGCAGAAAUUGGGAGGGUUUCUCAAACGAUCCGUAUCUUAUGGGGAUUGCCACUUCGGAGGCAGUUCAGGGUAUGCAGGGGAGUGGUGUACAGGCCUGUGCCAAACACUUCAUUCUCAAUGAGCAAGAGCAUAACCGCGAGACUAUUAGCUCCGUUGCUGACGACCGGACAAUGCAUGAGCUGUAUCUCUGGCCGUUCUAUGACGCCGUCAAGGCGAAUGUCGCCUCUGUUAUGUGCUCUUAUAACAAAGUCAACGGGACUUGGGCCUGCGAGAACGACGCCAUCCUAAACGGUCUGCUCAAAGGCGAGCUGGGCUUCAAAGGCCAUGUCCUCUCCGAUUGGAAUGCACAACAUAGUACAGUCAAGAGUGCAGUAGAAGGCCUCGAUAUGACCAUGCCAGGCUCUGACUUCAAUCAACCACCCGGUAGCAUAUACUGGGGCGAUAACUUGGCUGCGGCGAUUACAAACGGCUCUGUCCCCCAGGAGCGCCUCGAUGAUAUGGUGACUCGUGUUGUCGCAUCGUGGUAUCUGCUCGGCCAGGACAAGGGCUAUCCUGAAGUCGCAUUUAGCAGCUGGGAUGGGGGUGUGGCGUCUGUUAAUGUGACGACACCUGAGCAUGGCGAUCUUGCACGGAAGAUUGCGCGAGACUCUAUCGUGUUGCUCAAGAAUAAUAACCACAGCCUGCCACUGGGCACUCCUGCCAGUCUUGCGAUUAUUGGAUCUGAUGCCAUUGUUAACCCAGACGGCGCCAACGCGUGUGAAGACCGGGGCUGCAACACUGGAACUCUUGCUCAAGGAUGGGGCAGUGGUACAGCCGAAUAUCCGUAUCUCGUUGCUCCACUGGAUGCUAUCAAGGAGAAGCUCUCAGCAGGCACGAACAUCGUCACUAGUACCACCGAUGAAGCUUCUGCUGGCGCUUCUGCUGCUGCUUCUGCUGAAACUGCCAUCGUGUUUAUCACUUCGGACUCUGGCGAAGGGUACAUUACAGUCGAAGACCACGCCGGCGACCGCAACCACCUCGACCCCUGGCACAAUGGGAACGCCCUGGUCCAGGCUGUCGCGAGGACCAACACGCCCACGAUUGUCGUCGUUCAUAGCGUCGGGCCCAUCACCCUCGAGACGAUCCUCGCAGAGCCCAACGUCGUCGCCAUCGUCUGGGCUGGUCUACCCGGUCAAGAAAGCGGACAUGCCCUCGUCGAUGUCUUGUUCGGUGACCAAUCGCCCAGUGGGAAGCUGCCCUAUACAAUCGGCAAAUCUGAAAAGGACUACGGCGCAACGUGGACCACAGAGUUGACUGACAACUUCUCCGAGGGCCUGUUCAUCGACUACCGGCAUUUCGAUCAGAACGAGAUCCAGCCACGAUAUGAGUUUGGAUUUGGCUUGUCGUACACUACAUUCAAUUACUCGACUCUUGCGACGGCUGUCAUCGCAAAGCCCGGUCCAACCACCGGUGAGACCGUUGUCGGUGGUCCGUCUGAUCUUUUCGCUUCAGUUGGAACAGUCAGUGCCUAUGUGAACAACACCGGUAAGGUCACUGGCGCCGAAGUCGCUCAACUCUACAUUGGAUAUCCCGACUCGGCUCCAUCGACGCCGCCCAAGCAGCUGCGAGGGUUCGACAAACUAAGCCUUACGCCUGGUGAGAGCGGACUCGCGGUAUUCGAACUCACGCGUCGAGAUAUCAGCUAUUGGGAUGUCGUACGACAGAAGUGGGUUGUGCCCGAGGGGGCAUUCCGGGUUUAUGUGGGCAGUUCGAGUCGUGAUAUUCGGUUGACCGGGAGCUUUACUGUCUAG